AUGCAAAGCAUUUUGGACCCGGAUCGAAACCCGCCAGAAGCAGCUCCUAUUUCCUGCUAUUGCAACGGUGUUCCAGAGCUCUCUUCCUCUUCUGGGCUGAGAGCCAAGACGGUCAGUAGACCCAUCAGCCAUCCACAGCCUCAUGGGACUGCCAUUCCAGGAGUCUUGCAGGACUUUAGCUCUAUGAUCAGAGUUGGAGGGCUUCAUGGAAUACAG